AUGCUCUUUACUUUUUUAUGCUUUUGCUAUUUAAAAUACUGGAUUUAAUUAAAUUAAAUAAAUUGUAUCAAUAAUUUUUAUAAUUUAUUAAAUAAUAAAAAAAAUUUUCAAAAAAUGAUUUAAGAAGAAAGUUAAGAAGAAGAAUAUAAAGUAAACAGAGGUAUACAAUAAGUUAAUAGUCUUGAUAAUAAUCAAAUCCCUUAACAAAUUCUUCAAAGUCAUAGGCCAUCUAAAGAAACUGUUGGUGAUGAUACUAGACCAUCCCAAUACAGCUAUUAUACUAGUGACGACAGUUCUAGUGUAAACUCAUAAAACAAUGUGAUUCCCAAAUGCUAUCAAGAAAGCUUUGAAAAAGAGCUUUAAGAAUAGCUUCCCGAAAAAAUAUUAAAUAAUGCUAGUGCUAACAUAAAAACUUAAAUGUUUCUAGAUAAGAAUGAUGUUAAUAAUUCUAAUUUUAAUGAUCAAGAAAAUAAUAAAAUAUAAAUACAUGAUUAACAUGAAAACGAUGGAAAGAGCAAUCAAAUUAUCAAAGAUAAAGAUGAUUAAUUAAUAAGUUAAAUACGAAAUGAAGCUGAAAUCAAAUAAAGUGAGAAAAUAUUUGAACAUUCUUAGGAGUCAUAAGGUUAAGAGCUAAAAAAGAAAUUAAAGCUUGAUGAAAAUAAUUUUUCUGAAAAACCUUAAAUUCAUGACAACAGCAGUCUAUAAAAUUUUAAUUAAAACUCAACCAAAAACAAUUUAGAUUGGCAAAGAAAAAGUUAAGAGAUAGAAAAUUACUAUUAAAAAACUUUUAAAAUUAAUAACCCUCAACCCCAAAAAAACUAUUUUUAAAAACAGCAAAACUCCUAUAACAUCUCAAAGAAACAGGUAAAAUAUCAAUAAAAAAUUGAUGAGUUUGAUCAAUAUCUUAAUACAGUCUAAGACUUUUAAAUUAAUGCUUUGAACAAAUUUAAUGAGCGUUAGCAGUUUAUUUAAGAUAAGAUCAAAGAUUUUUCUAAAAAAAGCUAUGAAUUGAUAAACAAAAGAAAUAUCCUCUUAAAUCAAAUCUACAAUAAAUAAGAUGAAUAACUUAAUCGUUUAAACAAGCAAAUGCUUCAAUUGACUAAAAUGAAUCAGUAAAUAUAUUCCUUUCAACACCUGUAAUUGCAAGAACCUAAUAAUGUUUAUUAAUCUUAUCAAAAAGAAUAAUAGUAACUAAGACAAAAUUAAAAAUUACCUAUUGUUGAAAGAGAAAGUAUAAAUUAACAAAAUUAAUCUCGCUUCAAUUCUCAAACUAUUAAUUCAAUACCUGGUUAAAUGCUGCAUUAAAGAGCGUUUUCUCAGUCAGACCCUAUAAACAUUUAUUCUCAUCAAAUCCAGAAGAAGUGA